UCCAUCUCGUCCUUGUCGUCAGCGUCAGCAGCGACCAACGACAUAAGCGACUGUCACUCACAAUACUGAUAAUGUUUUCCACAUAAAUUAUUCCUUUGUACUUAUUAUUUGAUUUCACAUCACAUCGUUUUAACUUCGUUCAUAUAGGCUAAUUUGUUGAAGAACAAUCAUCAACCAUGUCGGCAGAAGAAACUUCUUGGCGGACGCCAAACUUUAGACAAAGUGUUGUUGCUAAAAUCGAGGAAGCAAUACGAAGCUCGGGAAUGCCAACUACUAAAAACAGCAUGGAAAUGGAAAACCACGUGUUUCAGAAGGCCAAAACUAAAGAGGAAUAUUUGGGAUUCGUUGCCCGGCUUAUUUUACACGUCCGAGAAAUGAAUUCAAAGAAGAAUCCAGCUCUAGGUGGACCCGCUGGAGGAGCAGGUCAGAACAUGCAGAACCCGAUUGAUGCUCUUCAGACAUUAGCUAGACAAGGAUCUGGCAAUCAAAUGAUGGGAUUAGUUCCGCCACAAGGACCGGCUCCUGUCACUGCCACCAAUCUGCUUCAGACUCUCAAUCAGCGACCCAACAACCAACAAAGAAUGCAGUCACCUGUUCAGGGCAAUGUUAUCGGCCAAAUGGGCAAUCAAAUGGGAUCAAUGGGAGGACCAAUGGGUGGACCAAUGCAGUCGCAAAUGUCCAUGGGAGGUCCUAUGGGGGGUCCCAUGGGUCCUAUGGGGGGUCAGAUGGGACCAAUGGGACCCAUGGCUGGACAAAUGGGUAGUCCUAUAUCUGGCCAGAUCUCUCAUAUGCAACAGAGAAAGGGAGCUGAGAUGAUUGGCCAGAACUACGGCGGACCUCGCAACGUCGCUCCAAAUCAGUUUCUGCAGCAGAGCCCCACCCCUCCUACCCAGUCACCUGCUGGAAUGCCUACCUCAAAUCAAAUGGUCGCCUCUCCUGCUUUGGUCCCUUCUCCAGGGAAUCCGGGAAUGACAUCGGGAGGAAUGGGAAGUUCUCUACGCUCUGUUGGAAUGGCUCCAUCCCCAAGCAGUUCACUUAACACCCCGGGACAGCCGGUCCCGACCCCUAGUCCUCACAGUCAGACAGAGGAACAGGCCUACCAAGCCAAGGUGCGCCAACUGAGCAAAUACAUAGAGCCUCUACGACGUGUCAUCGCCCGUGUGGGAAAUGAGGAUGGUCAGAUGGAGAAAGUUAGUAAAAUGAAGAAACUGUUAGAAAUUCUGUCAACGCCAGGGAAAAGAGUGCCUCUGGAAACUCUUCUAAAAUGUGAAGUUGUUUUGGAAAAGCUGGAUCUGAAAAGGGGUGAUGGAUCGGGUCCCACGCUGAGAGAACAACACCCUCUGUUGGAAGCAUUACAGACCCAUCUACAGAGUCCAGUGUUGAAUCACACACUUCAACGCACCUUUGGACCCUGCCUGGAGGCGUUGUUUGGCUCCGAUAUCAAGAUGCUUCCUCCUCCACUGAAGAAAAAGAAGUUGGAAGAGCCAGUUGAUGAUAUACCUGAAGUUUUGCAAGGAGAAAUUGCACGGCUUGAUCAAAGGUUCAAGGUCAGUCUAGACCCGACACAACAGACAGGUUCUCGCUGUGUACAGCUGUUGUGUGUGCUAGACGACCGUCACCUCCCCUGUGUGCCUCCUGUGAGUCUCUCUGUACCUGAGGAUUACCCCCACUCGCCCCCCCUCUGUCACCUCGCACCCCACGAGUACAGCGCCACCAAGUUCCUCUCAGCUGUGCAGGCCGCUCUGGAGUCCAGGGUUCGCAAGUUACCCGGCCGCUUCUCCGUGUCUCAACUACUAGACACCUGGGAGAUGAGUGUAAGACAGGCUUGUGCGCCUACACAGUCUCCCACCCCUGCUGCACCUGCAUUACUCAUGGGGUUGUGAACUGCGCCUUCACACAUUACACAAUGUUUAUAUCAUUAAAGUAUUAUUUUAACAACUUAA